AUGCCAUAUGAGUACUAUUUCCCCAAUUCGGAGUUAGAAGACACGCCAGGUCUCUUCCCAAUGCCGAAAUGCUACGGAUUUACUCUAGAAGAGGCUUCAAUAGACGAUCUCCAGCGGGCAAUGGCUCGUGGCUUCUUAAACUCUGUUCAGCUUGUGCAAUGUUGCUUGAGUCGAGACAUCCAAACCGAUGAGUACAUCAAUUCGGUGCUGGAACGGAAUCCCGAUGUAUUCCAGAUCGCGGCUUCACUUGAUCUGGAGCGUCGCAUGGGCAAAGUCCGCUCACCACUCCAUGGGAUACCAUUCCUUGUCAAAGAAAACAUUGCCACGAAGGAUAAAAUGCAAACCACUGCCGGCAGCCAUGCACUCCUUGGAUCGAUUGUGCCCCGAGAUGCACACGUCGUCCGUCUACUCAGGGAGGCUGGAGCUGUCCUUCUAGGGAAGGCAACCUUGAGUGAGUGGGCGGAUAUGCGCAGCAACAACUAUUCCGAGGGUUACUCUGCCCGAGGUGGGCAAGCCAGAAGCCCUUACAAUUUAACCCUGAACCCUGGUGGAUCAAGCAGUGGUAGUGCAGCGGCAGUUGCAGCUAAUGUCGUCCCCUUUUCGCUUGGAACCGAGACGGAUGGGAGUGUGAUCAGUCCUGCUGAGCGGAAUGCAGUAGUCGGGAUCAAACCCACCGUUGGACUAACGUCUCGAGCCGGAGUCAUCCCAGAAUCAAUUCAUCAAGACACGGUGGGAACGUUUGGAAAGACCGUGAGGGAUGCGACAUAUGCAUUUGACGCCAUAUUCGGACCGGAUUCAAUGGACAAUUACACCGCUGCUCAAGUUGGUAAUACGCCAAAAAGAGGAUACGCAAGCUUUCUAGCCGAUAAAUCAGCUCUGAAAGGAGCAAAGUUUGGACUUCCUUGGAACAGCUUCUGGCUGCCAAACUACGAGACGAUCGUGUCCCCCAACGGCUGGGACUGGGAUUACGGCACGACACGCGGACGAUCUAAUGAGUCGGAGUACACGGUGGUCAAAGUGGACUUCUACAACAACAUCAAAUCGUACCUUUCCGAGCUUAAAAACACAAACAUUCGUUCGCUGGAGGAUAUCGUCGCGUACAAUUACGCCAACGACGGCACCGAGGGCGGAAACCCAUGGCCAUUUGGCAACCCCGCCUUCUACUCCGGCCAAGAUGGAUUCCUCGCAUCUCUCGAGACCAAAGGACGUAUGGACGAGACAUACUAUCAAGCCCUCGAAUUCUGCCAACGCAGCACACGCGAAGAUGGAAUCGACGCUGCCUUGGCCCAAGGCCCAGAUGGCAGUCAACUUGACGCAUUGCUCGUCCCACCGGACGUGGGUCAGACAUACCAGAUCGCAGCGCAGGCGGGAUAUCCCAUGAUCACGGUUCCUGCAUCGGUACAGUCGUCAACUGGGAUGCCGUUCGGGCUUGCACUCAUGCAAACGGCAUGGGGAGAGUCGAAGUUGAUUCGGUAUGCCAGUGCGAUUGAAAAUCUGCAACGAACGUCUGGAACGCCGUAUAAAAGAACGCUGCCAGGUUGGUAUGGUUAUCUCAGGAAGAAUAUUCCGGUGCUUAACUUGUAAGGAGUAGCUAGGUAAUAGCAUGUACACCCGGAGAGGCUUGAUCCGCCUGUGAGUAUCAAAAGAUAUUUAGUAGGGGAUAUAAUAGUGAAGAGCAGGUGGGCUUUGGAAUAUUAGAUCACCACCCUUUUCACAAAAAUCUCUCAGUCAUCAAUUCAACAAUCGCCUCCUUUUUUGACUUCUGAGUAACAAUACAUUAAAUUAG